CGAUUCUAGCGCCGUCAGUAGAUCCGGUGGAACAGGAAGUUCUUUCUUUUGGUGACCGUGUUUAUCAAAGGAAUCGAAAUAUGGCGGACGCAGCUCCAGCCGCAGCCGCAGCACCAGCACGUGGCGGUUUUCGUGGGGGAUUUGGCUCUCGUGGAGCUGGGGGUGACCGAGGAGGUCCAAGAGGAAGAGGCCGUGGUGGUAGAGGUAGAGGCCGUGGUCGUGGCCGUGGCAAAGAAGAUGCCAAGGAAUGGAUCCCAGUUACUAAAUUGGGACGAUUAGUAAGAGAUGGGAAGAUUCGUACUCUGGAAGAGAUCUACCUCUUUUCUCUACCCAUCAAAGAAUUUGAAAUCAUCGAUUUCUUCAUUGGGCCGUCUCUGAAAGAUGAAGUCUUGAAAAUCAUGCCUGUACAGAAACAGACUAGGGCUGGUCAACGUACUCGUUUCAAGGCAUUCGUCGCCAUAGGAGAUAGUAAUGGUCACAUAGGUCUUGGCGUGAAGUGCUCAAAGGAAGUUGCUACUGCAAUUCGCGGAGCCAUCAUUUUGGCCAAAUUGUCGGUUGUUCCUGUGCGUCGUGGUUACUGGGGAAACAAGAUCGGAAAGCCACAUACCGUGCCAUGUAAAGUAACUGGAAAGUGUGGCUCUGUCCAGGUGCGACUAAUCCCAGCACCUAGAGGAACUGGUAUAGUUUCUGCUCCAGUCCCCAAAAAGCUUUUGCAGAUGGCUGGUAUCGAAGAUUGCUACACCUCAGCCAGAGGAUCGACUGGAACUCUUGGAAACUUUGCCAAAGCUACUUAUGCAGCCAUUGCUAAGACGUAUGCUUACUUGACACCUGAUUUGUGGAAGGAAAUGGUCCUCACAAAGGCUCCGUAUCAAGAGUACGCAGAUUACUUGUUCAAGAAUCAUCGUCCAGUCACUGGUCCGCGUCCCACUGAAACUGUAUAAAAAAAUAAAAAACCUGACCUGGUUGUUACAGUAAUAAAUCUUCUUGAAUAAUUAAAAUGACCA